AUGCUCUCUUCACUUUCAGUUUCGGAUUUCACCGUGUUAGACGAGGUUUUAACACUGUGGGAAUACGAUUACCCUAACGCGUUCUCACCCCCCAUCAUUCCCACCAGCCCUAAGCUCACUUCAAGCUCCGGUUCAGGUGAACCAAACGAAAAACCGGUAUUAGAAAAUUCAAACCGGAACAUGGAGGACCGAAAGAAGAGAAGAAUGAUGUCAAACCGGGAAUCAGCACGGAGGUCACGUAUGCGUAAACAGAGACACCUUGAGAAUCUACGGAACCAGUUGAACCUAUUUCGGGUUGAAAACCGGGAAUUGAAAAAUGGUUUGCAGUUCUUAAUGCUCCACUGUAAUCGUUUACGAACUGAAAACGAGUGGCUCCGGUUAGAACGAACCGUGUUGGGUCAAAAGUUGUCAAACAUAAGUCAAAGUUUGGUUUUUCAACCAUUCUCAUCUGCAUGGCCAUGCAAUAUUGUUACAAUGGAAUGA